GGAGUGGAUUGCAAACCCACCAGGAAAAUGAGUGAAGAGACGGUCCCGGAAGCUGCCUCCCCACCUCCCCCUCAGGGGCAGCAUUACUUUGACCGCUUCUCAGAGGAGGACCCUGAGUACAUGCGGCUGCGGAAUCGUGCUGCAGACCUGAGGCAGGACUUCAACCUGAUGGAACAGAAGAAGCGCGUCACCAUGAUCUUACAGAGCCCAUCUUUUAGGGAAGAGCUGGAAGGUCUCAUCCAGGAGCAGAUGAAGAAGGGAAACAACUCCUCUAACAUCUGGGCCCUGCGGCAGAUUGCAGACUUCAUGGCCAGCACUUCCCAUGCAGUCUUCCCAACAUCUUCCAUGAACUACUCCAUGAUGACGCCCAUCAACGACCUCCACACUGCUGACUCCCUGAAUCUGGCCAAAGGUGAGCGGCUUAUGCGGUGCAAGAUUAGCAGCGUCUACCGACUCCUGGACAUCUACGGCUGGGCCCAGCUCAGCGACACCUACGUAACGUUGCGGGUCAGUAAGGAGCAGGACCACUUCCUGAUCAGCCCUAAGGGAGUGUCUUGCAGUGAAGUUACGGCAUCUAGUCUGCUCAAGGUGAACAUCCUGGGAGAGGUGGUAGAGAAGGGCAGCAGCUGCUUCCCGGUGGACACCACAGGCUUCUGCCUGCACUCGGCCAUCUACGCAGCCAGGCCUGAUGUGCGGUGCAUCAUCCACCUGCACACACCUGCUACGGCUGCGGUGUCAGCCAUGAAGUGGGGCCUUCUGCCUGUCUCCCAUAAUGCCCUGCUGGUAGGGGACAUGGCCUAUUUUGACUUCAAUGGGGAAAUGGAGCAGGAAGUGGAUCGAAUCAACCUGCAGAAGUGCCUUGGACCCACCUGCAAGAUCCUGGUGCUAAGAAACCAUGGAGUGGUUGCUCUAGGCGACACCGUAGAGGAGGCAUUUUAUAAGGUCUUCCACCUGCAGGCUGCGUGUGAGAUACAGGUGUCUGCGCUGUCCAGUGCCGGGGGAGUGGAGAACCUCAUCCUCCUGGAACAGGAGAAGCAUCGGCCCCACGAGGUGGGCUCUGUGCAGUGGGCAGGGAGCACCUUCGGGCCCAUGCAGAAGAGCCGGCUCGGGGAGCACGAGUUUGAAGCCCUCAUGAGGAUGCUGGACAACCUGGGUUACAGAACAGGCUACACAUACCGCCACCCCUUUGUUCAAGAGAAAACCAAACACAAAAGUGAGGUGGAGAUUCCGGCCACAGUCACAGCUUUCAUAUUUGAGGAGGAUGGCACGCCGGUGCCUACCUUGCGGCAGCAUGCCCAGAAACAGCAGAAGGAGAAGACCCGCUGGCUCAACACCCCCAACACCUACCUGCGGGUCAAUGUGGCUGACGAGGUCCAGAGGAACAUGGGCACCCCCCGGCCCAAGACCACAUGGAUGAAGGCUGAUGAAGUGGAGAAAUCCAGCAGUGGUGUGCCCAUACGGAUUGAAAACCCAAACCAAUUUGUGCCUCUCUAUACCGACCCCCAAGAAGUGCUGGACAUGCGGAACAAGAUUCGAGAACAAAACCGGCAGGAUGUGAAGUCAGCAGGGCCUCAGUCCCAGCUUCUGGCGAGCGUCAUCGCUGAGAAGAGCCGGAGCCCGUCUACAGAGAGCCAGCUGAUGUCCAAGGGUGAUGCGGAUACCAAAGAUGAUUCAGAGGAGACCGUACCCAACCCCUUCAGCCAACUCACCGACCAGGAGCUGGAGGAGUACAAGAAAGAGGUGGAGAGGAAGAAACUGGAGCUUGAUGUAGAGGGAGAGAAAGAAAUCGCCACAGAAGGGCCUGGCUCGCCUGUGAAGUCAGCACCUGCUUCUCCCGUGCAGAGUCCAACCAAGUCAGAGACGAAGAGCCCAGUGGUGUCCCCAUCCAAGACUUUAGAAGGUACUAAGAAGACAGAAACAAGCAAAUCCCCGACAGAGCCCAAAAAACCCCAGCCAGAAGAGGUGGUGGUCAAUGGGAGGGAGGACGAGCAGACUGCGGAGGAAAUCCUCAGCAAAGGCUUGAGCCAGAUGACCACCAACGCAGACACCGAUGUCGAUCCCUCCAAGGACAAAACUGAGUCAGUCACCAGCGGCCCCAUGUCUCCAGAGGGUUCACCUUCCAAGUCUCCCUCAAAGAAGAAAAAGAAAUUCCGAACCCCAUCUUUCCUGAAAAAGAGCAAAAAGAAGGAGAAAGUGGAGUCCUGA